UUAAAAUGAGAAAAUAUCUGUAUAAAAUCUUAGAACAAAGCACAAGUGCAACAAAGAGAUAAAAUAUUCUUUAGAAUGAACGGAAGGUUUGGUGAGAAAAAAAUAUAGUAGCAGGAUUUUAAAUAUCACGUUUUAACAAUGUGCUAUAGUGGUGCUGCAACACUGUUUUUCGGAGAUGGAACCAGGAUAACUGUCAUAGAACAAAAUGUUUCCCUGCCUCAUAUUAAAAUACUUGAGCCAGUGCCAUACAAAUCUAAUGAGUUUGUGACUCUGGUGUGCCUGGCCUCUGACUUCUACCCUGACCAUAUUGAACUGACAUGGGAAAUCAAUAAGAAGAAAACAACUGAUAAUGCAAAGUCUGAUUAUGAAGCAGUGCAAUCAAAGGAUCAAACAUACAGAAUAAGCAGCAGACUGAGGGUGUCAAAAAAGGUUUGGUGCAAUGCAGAUAAUGUGUUCACCUGUGUGGCCAAGUUUUACAAUGAGACUGAUAACGCCAUAUACAUAACAGAUCAUGUCAGUGGAAAAGGCAAACUGAAGAAAGAUGUGAAGAGUACAAAGUUUGCAUAUAUUCUACUUUUGUGUAAAAGUUGCUUGUAUGGGCUGAUAAUCCUUUUCCUCAUUUGGAAAUUAAAGCAUUCUUCAAGAAAACAAUCAUGAAACAGGACAAACUAAG